CUUAUCAGUGGAGACAAGAAAUGGGAACGCAACCGAAGCUUCUGAUGCCAGAGUUUCAUUCCAACAUUCUGAACGGCUACGUUAACGUGAUGAACAACGUUGCAGAUAUUCUAAUGAAAACGUUCAUAGGUGCUGCGAAGAAAGGCGAAGCUGUUGACGUUUUUCCGCACGUGUGCCGGGCCUCUCUUGAUACCAUGCUUCGUUGUUCUUUAUCGUACGAGGAGGACCUGCAGAGUACCACUGUUUCCGAAUACUUAAACAUUGUCAAAAGACUAUCACAAAUAAACUGGGAACGGUCACUAAAUCUGUCAUUGCUGUCGCGUACGAUGUUUAACCUUUCCUCACCCGGAAGAGAAUUUUACAAACUUUGCGACCAGGCUCAUAAGUUUACAGGAGACAUCUUUGAGUCGAGAAGAAAAGAACUGGUUAACAUUUUUAAACAUUUUUUGAAAUAUAUUUGGCAGAGAAAGAACUAAAUGUAAGCGCGACAGUGGAGAUGUAGUGUAUGAAACUUUAUGCUUUGAUUUAAACUGGGGCUUCAAUGUCUUCAAGAAAGCACAUUAUCGAGUUGGCUUUGACAAUCAUUGUGUGUCCUUUGUGAUCAUUGAUUUCAAUACCUUUAAUCCUUAUCCUUUGUAAUCAUUGAUUUUAAUACUUUAAAUCGAUAUUAACCGAUUACUGCCUGAGCUGGUUCUUGGGGGGGGGGUUGAGAUGUUGCACCCCUCAUUUUCUCUCAUGAUCAACACAAUCAAACCAAUACUUCAUUUUCACCUUUUACUGGGGAUACACUCAUAUUGUCUCGUUGUAUUAUUACGAGUUGUCUUAAUUCACAAGAUUGUCUCAAAAACGUUUCAUUUUGGUUGCCUUGGAAACCAUACCCUCUAUAUCUUCUUCUUCUUCUUCUUCAGGUUCACCGCUACAAUCUCAGGCCGGUCACAUCGAUGAAGGCUGCAGUCUUCUGCAGUUCCUCCUUUGCGCCGUGUAGUUUCGUUUGUAUCCCGGUCUCCACUGGCCACACCGCUCUUCUCUGUUGUUCCAGGAGAGGACAUCGUUGUAGGAGAUGUUCAGCUGUUUGGUUGUCACGGCCACAGGAGCACUUGGGAGAGGCAGCUAGUUUUAUUUUGUACAUAUGUGCGUUCAGCCUGUUAUGACCUGUGCGGAGCCUAAAGAUAAUUACUUGCUCCUUCCUGUCCAGGUAGUGGUAGUCAUCCUUGUUACUGGCACCUCAUUGCUGCUUUGAUUGUUGUUGUCUUCUCCUUGUAGCUGAUGUUGUUCAUGGGCUGAUCACCUUCAGCUCCUAGCUUUGCCAGUUCAUCAGCCUUUUCAUUUCCAGGGAUGCCGCAAUGUGCGGGGAUCCACUGGAGUGCUAUUUGUCUGGUUUGUGACAUGCGAGAUAGCACCUCUGAUAGUUCAGGCAGCUGAUGGUGUUCUAGGCCCUGUAGUACCGACAGAGCAUCCGUUAAUAUGACGAUC